AUGGGGGCUGGGGAGAGGGUACAAGCCCCACCUAGGGUGGUGGCCACAGCAGCGAGGGGCAGACAGAGCCAGGAACCUGGGACAGAAGCAGGAUGGUAGCAGCUGGAGCCUGGGUGCUGGUCCUCGGUCUGUGGGGGGCAGUAGUAGGGGAUCGAAACAUCACAGCCCGGAUUGGGAAGCCACUGGUGCUGAACUGUAAGGGGGCCCCCAAGAAACCACCCCAGCAGCUGGAAUGGAAACUGAACACAGGCCGGACAGAAGCUUGGAAGGUCUUAUCUCCCCAGGGAGGGCCCUGGGAUAGCGUGGCCCGUGUCCUCCCCAACGGCUCCCUCCUCCUGCCAGCUGUUGGGAUCCAGGAUGAGGGGACCUUCCGGUGCCGGGCAACGAGCCGGCAUGGAAAGGAGACCAAGUCCAACUACCGAGUCCGAGUCUACCAGAUUCCUGGGAAGCCAGAAAUUGUUGAUCCUGCCUCCGAACUCAUGGCUGGUGUUCCCAGUAAGGUGGGGACAUGUGUGUCCGAGGGGGGCUACCCUGCAGGGACUCUUAGCUGGCACUUGGAUGGGAAAACCCUGACACCUGAUGGCAAAGGAGUGUCUGUGAAGGAAGAGACCAGGAGACACCCUGAGACGGGGCUUUUCACACUCCAUUCAGAGCUGAUGGUGACCCCAGCCCAGGGAGGAGCUCCCCGCCCCUCCUUCUCCUGCAGCUUCAGCCCUGGCCUUCCCCGGCGCCGAGCCCUGCACACGGCCCCCAUCCAGCUCAGCGUCUUGGAGCCUGUACCACUGGAGGAGGUCCAGCUGGUGGUAGAGCCAGAAGGUGGAGCAGUAGCUCCCGGUGGUACCGUGACCCUGACCUGUGAAGCCCCUGCCCAGCCCCCGCCUCAAAUCCACUGGAUCAAGGAUGGUAUGCCCCUGCCCCUCCCCCCCAGCCCUGUGCUGCUCCUCCCUGAGGUCGGGCCUGAGGACCAGGGAACCUACAGCUGCGUGGCCACCCAUCCCAGCCACGGGCCCCAGGAGAGCCGUGCUGUCAGCAUCAGCAUUACUGAAACAGGCGAAGAGGGACCAACUGCAGGCUCUGUGGCAGAGCCAGGGCUGGGAACUCUAGCCCUGGCCCUGGGGAUCCUGGGAGGCCUGGGGACAGCUGCCCUGCUCAUUGGGGUCAUUGUGUGGCACAGGCGGCAACGCAGAGGAGAGGAGAGGAAGGCCCCAGAAAACCAGGAGGAGGAAGAGGAGGAGCGUGCAGAACUGAAUCAGCAGGAGGAGCCCGAGGCAGCGGAGAGCAGUGCCGGAGGGCCUUGAGGGGCCCGAAGCCUGACCCCAACCAUCAGCUCCCUUUUCUUUCUUCCACCCUGUGUUCUGGCCCCAGACCAGUUCCCUGCUGUAUAAUCUCUACCCCACCUCCCCAGACUUUCUUCCACAACCAGAGCCUCCCACAAACUGCAAUGAGUAAACACCUGACACGUCUUGCCCCA